AUGUACAACUUGAACUGGUUGACGAUAUAUCAAAAGCAGUGUAGAUUUGUGAAACAUCAAGUUAUCAUAAUGCAAAAGUUUUUAAUAUAUCCUGUAACAGUUUCUGCUAUAUCUCUACCUUUUCUAUCAUAUACUGUCUUUGUAAAUAUAUAUAAGAAAUAUAGAGCUAGAUAUGACUUUGAUGAUAAUGAAAUACCAGUUAGAAAAGAUAUUCAAAGAAGGUUUCAAGAAGUAAUAAAUGAUCUAAAUCUAAGAAAAGAAGUCAGAGAACGUAUUAAACUCUUCAAUGUUCAUGAUAUAAAUACGUAUCAUGCUGGAACAGUGUUUACACAAUAUGGUGGUAUAAUUGGAGUUCCAGUAAAUUUUGAAUAUAAAGACAUUGAAAAUAUAACUGAGGACACUAUAUCAAUUCGAACUAUACAAGUUGAUUGGAAUACAAAAGCUGCUAAACAAUUUCUGAAUUCUUUAAUACUUUCAGAAAAUGCACAAAAAUUUGCACUGGCUCGAGAACUUUUAAUAGUUACAAGUUAUAAACCAUUAAUGAAAGGGUUUAAUUUCAUCUUGGAUGCAGUAAUAAUAUCUACAAUUUAUUUUCUAUUUUCAAAUAAAUUACAAAGUAUCAGAAACAAAAUUCGACGGUACUUAUAUGCAAGUGCCGCUAUUGUUAUAUGUUCUGCUGUAAUAUUAUACUGCAACUAUAACAUAAAUCGUAAUGAUGAAUUACAAAUCAAUGACAGACUGACAGAACUUGGUGAUAAAUAUGUUGAAGGUGGUGUAGAAUAUUAUGAACAGUUAUUAAAAAGAAACAAAGCUUUAAAAGUACUUUUUGGAACUAUGAGUAAAUAUUAUAUUACAUCUACUGGAGAUGAAGUUCCUUGGUUUAUUGAUGGAAAAAUAAAAUUUUCUAAACAACUAGAGUAUUUUAAAACAAAAAUGGAAAAUAAACAAUUAGUAUAA